GGACGCGGAUGUGUAAAUUAGAGGAGCUCAAUGUUCGUCUUUUGAUUCGUAUUCUUUCGAGGUGUGUGACCCUAAUGAUAUCAUAUUCCACCAACGUUACGUUCCUAUAUGAUAUAGGCACUCUGGGGUCGAUCUUUGUAUGGUACAAUUACAAGUAGCCAAAUAAAUUUGGCCAAAUUUAUCCUGUUGGGUUGGGUGUGAUCUGGAUGAACCCAAAAAUGGGAAAAAGAACAAUUUGGCAUAAUGGGAUUUUUUGGAACUGAAACAAUUCUUUUCUUGUUUUUACCUAUUCGAGUAGUGAAUUUGAGAUUGGUCCAAUCAGAAAAGAGAAGAGAGGACACUUGGGACACGUGACUGACACCUGUACCCUUUGCAUGCCAGAGAGAGAGAGAGAAAAAUCCCAAUUCCUCCCUAUCCCACAACGUAAAACAAUAAUAAUUAAAAAAAAAUUGGCGUAACGGAAAGCAGAAAUAAUUGCUUCACUUAAAUGAGUGUGCAGCCAGCAGCACCAUAGAAAGAGAGAGACUUUUAUUACGCUACGAAGAAAGAAUAAAGGCUGGGCUCGGCUGGGUUCUCCCUUCCCAUCCCAUUCGCUAUCCUCUCAUCUUCUUGCUCUCCUUCCUUUUUUUCCCCCCUUUAUCUACUUUCGGCCGAAUUCUCUUUUGGAGUUUUCCUACUUGCAUAUAUUGUGAGCUUUCUUCCUCGAAAACCCUAGCUCCCAGAUCUGGAUCCCUUUCCUUCGACUGCUGCUCAUCCCAUCCCGCCUGGAGAGUACUGUAAGUGAGAAGAAAAGGGUUCGUUCCUUCAAAUCAUUCACUGCCAUGGAUGGAUUUGUUCUUCCUGCAGGUGGGCGUUUAAUUAGGUUUCUGGGCGGAGGGUGGAGAAAGAGAAAAUUUGACAGAAGAGAGUGAGCACACAGAGGGAUUUUGUUACCAAGAGUCUGUACCAUUGCUUUUGCGUGCUCACUGCUCUAUCUGUCACAUUCCAUUUCCGUCCUCCCCUCCCCUCUUUUCCUCCUUCUGCAGAUCCCACUCUCUCUCUCUCUCUCUCUGAAUCUCUUGUACUUUCAGCUCUAAUUGUCGCGUUUUUGGUGCUUGCUUGCUUACACCUGGUUGGUUGUGGGUUAUUAUAAAACUAAGUAUUAACUAAUAAAUAUAAAUCUAUGGGUUUUUACUGUGCCCGGCGAUGCUUUUGAUGGUGUUUAUUUGUAGGGAACAAGGGCUAGAUUAUUAUUACUGUGCAGAUUAGCGGGCGGAGGGGAGCAAAUUCACUGUACCCAACCAACAUGGGACCAUUCACGUAAACCUAGCUUUCUUAUUAAUGGUUGUGAUGGAUUGGUUUUCUUUCUCUAGCUAAACUAGUAUGGUCCUUCCUUCCUUCCCAGUUCUGUGUGUGUUUUCACCCCGUUAAAGCUUUUGCAUUUUGGGGCAGUGAUCAGUCAGUCAAGUCGUCUUUGAAUUUGUGUUCAUGCGCAUGCGACUAUACUGCUCGGUUAAUGCCACCACCUAUAUCUAGACCAUCUAGUGGGUGGUUUUACUAUUACACAUAAAAACUCAGUUUAAAUCUCUCCUUUCGUGCUAACAGUUGCUUAUCCUUUUAACUUUUUUUUCCAUUGUUUUUCUUAUUGUCGAUCUAGCUAAUACUGUUAUCUAUGGCUCGGAUCUGGUCCAAGUUCAUAUAUGUCGUGCUUUUGAGAAGAAUGAAAGAAAGAAAGAAUCCCUUAAUCUUGUUCAGGUUUGCAAAUCUUCUUCCCAUUAUUUUAUGGAGUUAAUUAUUUACAUUUUUUUUUCUCAGACUGUUUAGGAAGUUUUCGUGUGCACUCUUUCAUUACCUUACAAGCUUUUCUAUAGUAUGAGCUUCAUCUUCCUGCAGGUCCUCGGGACAUGGCAGUAAUGAGCCUGGCUCCACUUGGAGGGGUAUGUCGUUUUUCUUCUGACAAUGGAUUCAUCAUUUGCUUGUUUUUGACUUCCAUGCACAUAUUUAUGCUUUCUGCAAACACAAAAGUUUCUUAAAUCAAUUCCAUCGCCAGCUAGAUCCUAGUUCCUAGGAUUGGUAAUUGAUAAUUUCCAGAUUUGGAUAUGUCUUUAUUAUAUAUAAAUAAAUGUGUUCUUUGUACUAGAUGCUUCCUAAAAUCGAUAACAAUGUAUUAGAAAAGCCGUUGAGGGAUGAUAGGAUUCGAAAGAUUUGGAAAAAUUACUUUGCCUGUUGCUAUUUUGAUAUAUAGUUAGCAUUGAGCUGAAGAUUUGCUUUCAGCAUAUAGUACUAGGGCAUUAAACAGAAGCCUAGGGCCUAUAGGGGUUGGCACGGAGAUUAUCGAGUAAGGUCGUCUAACCUUUUUUACACCAGUGUUGCAGUUGGACCAAUUAUAUUGUUGAUGAGAUGAUGUAUUAAUUACAAAGUUAAUUGGUUACUGAAUGUCUCUUCGCUUAUUAGUAACUGAUCAAUUUUACUAAAACUCACUUGUUAAAAUGUUUGAAGUGAAUCUAAGCGAAUCGGUAAAUGCCUGAUCCGAGACAUAUCAGACUGAUCAAAGCUCUUCUGGUUAGUGCAGGCCAAAUUGGUGAUGAGCACAGAUCAGAUUGUGUAUCCAUUACUUGACCGGUGGUCUUAGCUAGCUGGCUAAUUAGUAGCACCAAAUGGAAGUGCUAGCAGGUCUAUAUUUCCUUAGUAAGUUCCCUGUGUAUGUUUCGUCUUCGAAAUUUAGUUCAAAUGACAACUCUUAGGCAUGUUAAUUAUAGUUUUGUGAUUGGUUGGUUGUUGGUUGAAUAAAUUCCCAAUUUCACCUCCAUUGAUUCACUAGUUUUAGGUUGUUUGGAGAGAAAACUAGAUCAGCAUCGAUAAGGCAUACAAAUUAGUCAGCAUCUACAUUAAUUGUUUUUACUGAACCAAGCCACACAGUACUAGUGCAUGAGAAAAUACAAACAGGAUAAAAGGACAAAUUAUUUUGAUAAUUAAAAAAAGCAACAUAUGGUCCAGUUUACAUAAUUGCCAUACACCCCUACUAGGGAUCGCUGUACAUUUGUACCUUACAAUGCUUUUUAUGCACAAGUAUUUUCUAUCCUCUCUCUAGCUAGGUAACCCUAUUACGGGUUCAUGUGUUGCUGAAUUUGUUUACCAAGAGGCAAGGGUACUGGUCCACGAACAAGUAAGUACGAGGUCUUACAUCUGCUGUACCAUUUGGAGGGCCAGUAGCGAUACCAAGUAGAUGAUAUACAUAGUAAUUGGAUGAUCGAAAGUAGACUUCUCUUGGUUCUCCGGUGACGUCUGUAUUCUUAAUAUAUAGGGGGUUGAAGCUAGGCUAAAGCAGCAGAGGUACUGGUAUAUCCGAGGAUGAAAUCUGGAGUGGGAUUAGUGUGGUCCUUGGUUUAUCAAAUAUAGCUUGGAUUCUUUAUAUGAAUCAAUGAGUCCAUAGCCUUUAGGCAAGAAAGGUUAAUUUCUGAUGCUUGUGGAUCUGGGACAUUCUGUUCUACAGUUCUGAGACCCAGCGUAGCAAUUGAUUCGUAAACUAUGUAUAGACUUCUCCUACUACCUACUACAUCUCUUGUUGAUGCUUUUUAGUUUUUACACAGGGCUUUAUCAAACAAGUUGAUCAAACUAAGUGAAAGAAUAUGACGACCUCUACGUUCAAGCUAGUUGCUACCGAUUUUCCUUUGUCAAGUUUCACCUUUUCUUAAACUUGUUUCCUGUUUAUAUUGUUGCUUUGUGUAAUCUUACCCCAAGGUUAAGAACCGGACAUCAUGUAAUAGAGUUGCAGAUCUCUUUAUUGUGCAGUUGAUUCUCUGAGAUGAGCUAGAAACGGGAGCCGUACUUGAUUUUCAAUGGUGGGGAAUCCGAUCGGGUUUUCGUAGGAGAGGUAAACAAAAUGCUUCCUAUUGAUGAUAGGUUUCACAUUCAUCUAUGGUAGAAUAUAUAUAUAUAUUUUUUUACAAGAUCUAUGGCUGAAUAUGAUGGAAGCAAAUUGUGAUUUCGUGGGCCUGAUAACUCCUUGUUUUAAAUGGGAUGAAACUUACAGCUAGCGAAGGGCUUUGGGAUUAAGGUAGAGUGACAGCCGUCAAGAAGAAUCAUCCACAGUUGAUAGCCUGAUUGGAAGAGCCUAAUUCUAAGACGAUAAGCCGCCAUCAGAAUCACCCUAUUUACAGCCCACUGAUUUGUGACUUUGUGACACCAAAGUCUUGUGGUUGUGGAUGUUGGUUCCCUGAUUUGACCUAAACAGAUGAAGAUUGGCUAGUUGGGUGAUUGCGUUUGUUUGUUGUUGAUGACGAAACUGAGGCUGCACGUACGAACGAUGCUACUCUAGUUACAGAGAUAACUGGCGGGCGGUUUGCCAGUAUGUAAAUACACUAGGUAACUAACAGAGUCUGCAGGUUGAAUUCAAUAUCCAGCUGGUUGAAGAAAGCGGGAGGAUAUAGCUAGAUUCCUUUCGACGGAGAUUAGCUUUGCUCGACAGCAGUAGAUCAAAACAGUCACGGGGCAGCAAGUGAGCGCAGCUGCUUAUCCAAACUGUUUCAUUCUGCAAGGAAACCUAACAUUGUAAUCCUUUAUUAGCUGUCUGUCUACUUGGUCAUCCAACUAUUUAUUUGAAGCAUUGUAAACUAUUGAAGUUCAACAGCACAAAAGCAAACACUUCCCAGUUCCGCACGCCUGAAUUCUGAAAGAGGCACGAGAGAGCUUACAAAUGAAGCCGCUGUUCCAUACCCUUCGACGAGCUAGUGAGGCAGUAGCCAGCAAUCCACGGCGGCCGCGAUCCUUCCCUGGUGCUUGGCUUUUAAGAUCGGAGCUCAGGCAGUUCAUUUAUUUCGACUUUGGAGGCCGAAAUCUGGAAGGAAUGAAUGGAUGCGGUGGCCGGCGGGAAAUGAAUGAGGAUCGGAUGUCUAUUUUUCUGUUUUCCUUUUUUGUAUUUUGUUUUUAGAUUUUAGGAUAUUUAAGGGACUGAACUGAAAGUAGGGGAAGAGUCCUUUCCUGAUUCCGUGUGAUUUGAUUUGAGAGAGAUGCCGUUAUCACCACAGCUGAGGGAAGUACAGAGCAGAGGUACUAUAGAAUAUAUGUCCAUCUAUGUACGUUUCUUCUUUUGCCCUUCUUUUUUAAAGUGUCCCAUCCUUUUUAACCCUAACUGCAAAUUCCGUGUUAAUUAUUGUUUAUUGCUAUUUCCCAAAGCGAUCCGUUAUUAAUUAGUCUUGCUUUGUUAACCUAACAAAGUGAUCAAGUUACCUGCUUUUCCGUCCAUGAUUAAUAGUUUAAUAACAGGUAACAUUGGACCUGGCGCUGGGCCAGCAUGCCUCAUUAUUGACCUUGCUUGGACCAAUAAGCGGCCCACAUAAUUGGCGCUUACUCGGGUAUCUGUGCGCUUCUGUUUUUUUUUUUUUUUUUUUUACAAUGAAACAUCUUCUAUUAUACCUAACCAGACCAGCAGAAACAAACGUUUACAAUAGGGGCGAAAUCAAAUUUGCGAUGACAAUCCAAUCCUGUGGUAAGAGAUCAAGUCGAGCAUUCCUAGCGACGCAAUCCGCAAGAGAAUUAAAUUGCCGAGGAACGAAGGACAACUUGAUCCAAGGAGCCCCCUAAAGAAGAGACACAAUCCGGGCCAGGGUCACACGACAUUGCCAAGGCCAAUCACAGGGGUCCUGAUUAAGAGCCACAAUCAAACGUUGGCAGUCGCUUUUGAUACACGUCGGACAGGCCUCUUGGGCCGCCAACACCACAACACCCAUAAUAGCAAAUGCUUCUGCCUGAAUCGGGUAGGAAAAAUAGAAUCUCUCAGCCUUGCCGUCAAUCACCUGACCGUGGGCAUCAGCAAUGGUAAUCCCACAAGCCGCCAACUGAGACUCAGAAACCAAGGAUCCGUCAUAGUGCACAAUUCGUUCAAUAGGGCCAGGCGGUGGUGAGGGGGUUCGACGGGAUCCCCUAGGCUGAGAAGGACAACUAGCUGAUCUCAGGAUCGAGGACAAUGAGGUUGUCUCUUGUCUCUUGAGCUUCGUUGAUGUUCAUUCCUUUCUUCCCCAAAUAUAUUUAUGUGGUAUUUGUUUUGUGUUUUUCUUGUUUAUAUGGUUCUUUAUCCGUUUAUCCUCAAUUAUCGAGUGGUCGAAAUGACAAGGCCGCAAUGUUAUAUAGACAGAGGAUCUCACCAUGUUAUAUGGACACAUGCAACCUAAGAAGGGAUUGAGGGUUAACUGACGCCAAAUUGAGGAUAUGACUCGGAUUAUGAUCCCGAACACGAAUUGUCAAAUCAAAUGAAUCAAACUGUUAUUAUAACUGGUUUGGUAAUUCUACUGGUUCGACUGCGAUCCGGUUGUUCUUAUAAUAGUGGGGGAAAAUGCUUCUUUUCAUGACAUCCAGUUCCAGUGCCGACGUGCACCUCACCAACCGAAGAUAGGUUUGCAAGAGAGCGUCGACGGUAGGGGUUGGCAUUCGGUCAGUUUGGUUCAAACCAAAUCGAAAUAAUGCAUACCGUGUUCCUGAAUUUCAUCAAACCUCAAACCGAAUUCGAACCGAAUUAUAAUUUGGUUCAGUCGGUUGAAAUCGAAGUAUAAUUCAGUUUCGUUCGAUUUUUUUUACAAAACCGAACUUGUGAGGUUAGCUUGUAUCUUUUCUCUUUUAAAUUAUUUUUCACCCUUAAUGUAAACAAUAAAUAUGCAAUUAUAUGCAUCAUCAAUGAUAAAAUCAAAUAUUUCAACAUAUAAGUCAUAAAACACUAACAUGAUUUGAAUAAUUAAGUCUCAUAAUAAGUAAAAACAUAAAAAUCCACCAUUUGGAGCUUGCAAUUAUAAUAAUUCGAUUAUUCGGUUCGAAAUUCGGAAAUUCGAUUUGGUUGAAAGGACCCUAGUUUUCGAAAUAUGUCAUUUUCCCUUACCAAUUUCGAACUGAAUAACAUUAAUUCGGUUUCGAUCCGGUUUAUAUUCGGUCAGUUCAGUUUUAACCGUAUGCCCACCCCUGCACAAUGCCUAGUCGACGGCCAAGCGGGUGAAAGUGGAAUGGAGCCAUGUCACAAAGCAGAAAAUUUAUUUGAAGAAACGUAAUUAGUAUUUAGGGGUCGUUUGCUUCAUGGAUUUAUAAACAAGGGUUUUGUAAUUUAAAAACCCAAGGAUUUAUCAAGGAUUUGAGACAUCAUGGAUUUGUAACAAUCCUUUAUUUGUUGGGAUGUUUUUAUCAUGGAUUUAAAGGUGUGGGAUUUACUAUUUGAAGUCAAAAAUUACAUUACUGCCCCUUUUUUAUAUGUUUGACAUGUUUAUGAUAUGUACACAAAACAAGGACAAAACUUCAUAAUUACCUUACUAUCAUUUUCUAUAUGUUUGACAUGUUUAUGAUAUGUAGACAAAACAAGGACAAUACAUAUUAAUAAGCAUAAUGUUGCCACAUGGACAAUAAUAAUAAACGAGAAAAUUCCGUUUUAACUUUUAACGUAACAUAAUCAAUUACCAAUUCUUUGUCCUCCUUUUCAAAAGUAACAUAUAACAACAUAUAUUAGAAUCGGGAGAACAAAGAAUUACACGUUCCAUGAAAAGGUCAAAGAAAACUAGAAAACAAGAAAUGAUAUAAAAAAUCUAACUCAUGUUUGCACAUAAAUUGAACGUUUAUAUUAUUCAUUUAUUGUUAAUUAUAAUGUAUAAUAGUUAAAUUUGAGGGCAACCUUGGAAUAUUAAAAUUGCAUGAGGGUAUAUGGGUAAAAUGUCAUCAAGGAUUUAUGCCAUAUUCCAAAUCCCACAUCAACAUGUGGGAUUUAUAAGUCCGUGGGGUCCACGGAUUUGGACCCUUAAAAUCUGUGGGCCCCACGGAUUUGGUCUCCAAAAAAGGUGCAAGCAAACAACGGAUUGUACCUAAAUCCUUAAUAGUUGGUUUUUUGGUACCAAAUCCAUGUACCAAAUCCUUGAAGCAAACGACCCCUUAGUCUCUCACAGGUCUGAUUAAAUUAGUAAAAACCCUAACCUUUCUACGAUAAUGCAUAUAUAGCUUGCGCUCAUGCAAGCAAUUUAUGUUCAGCCCCCGGUUCUGUAUACAUAUCACAAUACUACAAAGCAAAAGCUCAAAGCAAUAGCUUAUUAUACACAUUCAUAUCCGCCACAUUCUGCAGUCAGAUUUUUCUUACUUUGCGUUGAUACAAGUGAAUGUGCUUCCUUGCAUUUGGGCCAUUUCACCAAGUCGUCGUCUUUCUUCCUUAGCCGGGAUGCCAUGGACUUCAGACCACUCCUCAUGUACGCCAAUACGGCCGCAGCAAGCUCUCUGCAGCAGGAAAUGUUCAAAUCAGCCCCCCUGCCUCUAAUGGUUACACUUGGAGAAAAGACGGUGGAAAAGAAAAUGUUAUCUAAGGCCUAACGUAUACAAUAGAGGUUGGCAACAGAAAGAUCAUCUAGGUGACCAGUUAAACCACAGCAACAUCAAAUAUGCGUUUAUGGUAUCGACAACAACAGUUUCACCUACCAUGCAAACAUUACAGGCUAAAUCAAACAAGACAAUAGUAGCCCAGCCAUCUGACAUAGGAUCACACACUUGUAAAAGGAGAAGCUUAGACCCACCACAGCUCAAACAAACAACAGAUCGCCUGUGUUUAGUUUAACUUCCAGUACAAGGAGUUAUAGAGAGGACCACUGUCUAUAAUAACUAUUUAGCAGAGAGUUUGCGUAUUGCGUUCCAUAAGUACCCUCGGCGAGAGCAUCAUUUUCACAACUGCCCACCAUCAUUACCUAGCCGACACGACAACAAUCAUAAUCAAUAAUAUCUAUGAGAAGGAGUAUCUUACAUUACUUGGUAAAGAUACUAGGUUUCACAAGCAUAACCAGUUAACACAAUGAACGGGGAAGCAAAAUUGCAGUGAUCACAUUUGUUCUGGACAGCCACCAAACGUACUUAAGAGGAAAUCUUGUCCCUUUCUUAUCCUUCACUCUUUCUAACAUGAAAAGACCCAGAUUGAGAAAAGAAGCAGUCAUUCAGCAGCAAAGAGGGGAUCAAGUAGGAAUGUGCAUAACAAAAAUUUAACUUUUGUUAGCCCACAACGUACAACCACAUAUCUAAGGGACGAAAAAGAAAUAUUCUUUCUACUUACAAUGGUGAGCAUGGAGAACGACCACCGUUCACGUAGUAAACGAACAAGUAAGAAUCAUAGUGUUGGCCGUUGAUGAAAUAAAAGCCUUGCAACCUUCGUAUACACCUGAAUGACAUUUUUUUAUACAACUGGAUUGCAGCAAUGUUGUACGAAAUAACGUGCAAGUAAACUGCACGGCAUGUUCGAACACUUGAAGCAUAUCGAAUGACCUCACGGAUAAGAGAAGAUGCUGCAACAUAAUUAAAAUGAAGUGGAUCAUAUGCAAGACAGAAUGCAUCAGCACAUUUCAUAUUUAGAGAAAAGAAAAGCAGAUAGAUACACUGCACACCCCCACACCGCAUAUCCUGCUGCCUGGCCUUUAUUUCAGGACAUAUGCGGUACAUAUAUAGAGAGAAAGAAAGAUAGUUCCUACCUACGCCAAGAUUCCUGUAGGUAUCCACUACUCCAAGCGUCAAAAUAUAGAGUAAUGUUUGAUCAGGUCUAGAGGGGUCAUAUCUAAGUAAAUCUCCGAUCUGCAAGGUGCAUGAAAUUUCUGAAUUCCAAGCUCAAAAAGUCAAAACAGUUAAGCAAUGAAAGACAAUUUCGCACUUCAAGAGAAACAAGUAAAUGAAGGAAACAAACCUUCGGUGGAGUUCUGUAUCCCUAACAAUGUUUUAUUUAUUUAUUUAUGUAUACAAAAAUAUAGAUUAGGGUUGUAGUUCAAGUGAACUGAUUUGGUCCAUGGAAAAAUCCAGGUCAUAACACCUUUUGA